CUGACACCUGAUAGCUCCAGAGUGGCGCACAGCUUGGUUAGGAAGACGGAAAGCUGGCGUUGUUAGUUUGGAAACAUGCGGCGGAAUGAGAGCACACCUUUAAUAGCAGAAGACCAACUUAAAGCUUUGUCAUUGACAUAAGCGGACGUACGUGCCAUUGUAAAAGACCCUCGCGCGGAACUCGCGCAGCCCCCUAGGCGCAUUUCAUGGACAUCUUUCGAUGACAAGACCUGCACGCUGCGGGUUGCUCUCGGCUUCUACAGGGAUCUCUAACGUGGAACAUGGCGAGAGGGAUGAGAGGAGCUCAUCUCCUCGCUGUCUUUUUUACCUUUUCCGUAACAAUUUUCAGGGACGCAAAUGGACAAGGAAGCUUUAACGACUUAACAGGUUUUAGUUUGAGUCCUCCGUAUUUCAACCUCGUUGAUGGGUCUAGUAUCUCUGCCACAGCAACCUGCGGUCAGGAUGGUGCUGGGACACCGAGAUAUGAGUUAUACUGUAAGCUUGUCGGAGGACCGAACAGUGGACAUCCUACUCAAAAUAUACAGGGUCAGUUCUGUGACUACUGCAACUCCAUUGACCCAAACAAAGCCCACCCGGUGAACUACGCCAUUGAUGGGACAGAGCGCUGGUGGCAGAGCCCUCCUCUCUCCAGUGGACUGGGCUACAACGAGGUGAAUGUCACCCUGGACCUUGGGCAGCUCUUCCAUGUGGCGUACGUCCUCCUCAAGUUUGCUAAUUCACCUCGACCUGACCUCUGGGUGCUCGAGCGCUCUGUAGACAACGGGAGAACCUUCAUACCCUGGCAGUAUUUUGCACAUUCAAAGCGUGAGUGUAUUGAAAAGUUCGGAAAGCACCCCAAUGCUCGUAUAGUGCAUGAUGAUGACCAGAUCUGCACCACAGACUACUCACGGAUCGUCCCUUUGGAGAACGGAGAGAUUGUGGUGUCUCUGGUCAACGGUCGGCCGGGGUCCAAAAACUUCACCUACUCGCCAGUGCUGCAGGACUUCACAAAGGCCACCAACAUUCGCCUGCGCUUUCUCCGCACCAACACCUUGCUGGGCCACCUGAUCUCCAAGGCCCAGAGAGAUCCUACCGUCACACGCAGGUAUUACUAUAGUAUCAAAGACAUCAGCAUUGGUGGACGCUGUGUUUGCCAUGGCCAUGCACACGUGUGUGGUGGGGGGCGUAACCAGGACAACCCAAAGAGACUCCAGUGUGAGUGCCAACACAACACUUGUGGUGAGACAUGUGACCGCUGCUGCCCAGGCUUUAACCAGAAGCCAUGGCGUGUCGCGACUGUUGACAGCUCCAAUGAGUGUCAUCCUUGCCAGUGUUUCUCCCAUGCCUUUGACUGUUAUUAUGACCAAGAGGUGGAAAAGAGGGGAGCAAGUUUAGACACCUUCGGAAGGUACGACGGAGGAGGAGUGUGCAUCAACUGCCAGCACAACACUGCUGGAGUGAACUGUGAGCAAUGCCUUGAAGGUUUCUACAGACCUUAUGGAGUACCUCCCGAGUCUCCCACCGGAUGCAUACCCUGCAGGUGUGAUGAAAGGACUACAGUCGGCUGUGAAAUGGGGUCUGGAAGGUGUAUCUGCAAGCCACAAUUUGCUGGAGAAAACUGUGAUCGCUGUGCUGAGGGAUAUUAUUACUACCCUCAGUGCAUUCGAUAUCCCGUAUAUCAGACGACCACCAAAUCCCCUGCAGGACCUAUUGUGGGGCCCACCGCUUGCCCUAUGGGUUAUUUCGGCUCACCCAGCUGUCAGCAGUGUAUAUGUGACUACAGAGGGACAGCAUACGGGGUGUGUGAUGCUUCAGGCCGCUGUCUGUGCCGUCAGGGUGUGGAGGGGGAGCGAUGCGACCGCUGUCGCCAAGGAUACCACUCCUUCCCAAACUGUCGGGAGUGUGUCUGUGAUGGGGCUGGUGUGGCUGACGGUGUGUGCAGUCCAAAUGGCCAGUGUGUUUGCUUUCCUAACUAUGCGGGACAGGAUUGUGACGAAUGUGCACCAGGCUACUAUGGAUACCCAGACUGUGCUGUCUGCCAAUGUUCACAGGAAGGCUCAUACGGCAGCAUAUGCAACCCACUGUCGGGUCAGUGUCUGUGUCUCCCAGGGGUGGUGGGCCAGCAGUGUGAUCGCUGUGCCUCUGGACUCAGGUUCCCCCAGUGCUCAGCCCCCAUCAGUGUGUGUAACCAAGCAGGAACUGAGGCCACUGAUCCUCGAACGGGCUCCUGCCGCUGCCUAGCAAACGUGGAGGGAACCCUGUGUGACAGGUGUAAACCUCUCUACUGGAAACUAAAUACAGAUAACUCUCGUGGCUGUAUAGAGUGUCGGUGUGAUGUGAAAGGGACCCUGAGUGGUGUUGGAGAGUGUGAACAGAAAAGUGGACAGUGUCACUGUAAACCUAAUGCAUGUGGACAUGCAUGUGACACCUGUAAAGAUGGAUACUUCCUGCUGCAGAGAAAGCAGUAUUUGGGCUGUCAAGGUUGUCAGUGUGAUGUAGGUGGUGCCAUUGGCAUGGCGUGCGAUGAGAUGUCGGGACAGUGUUGGUGUCGGAAGAAUGUAGUUGGCCGUGAAUGCACUGAGCCAGCACCAAGUUACUAUUUCCCCACUCUCCAUCAACUGAAGUUUGAGGUCGAGGAUGGCACUACGCCAAAUGCCAGACCAGUCCGCUUUGGUUAUAACUCCCAAGAGUUCCCAGAUUUCAGCUGGAAAGGUUAUGCUGUAAUGUCUCCUGCACAGAGUGAAGUCAGAGUAACAGUGCAUGUUGACCCAAAAGAUGAGAGGCAGCACUUAUUCCGUGUGGUUCUGCGGUUCACUAACCCGAGCAGCACCAGCGUGACAGGUAGCAUCAAAGCUACCAAUAACAAAGGCACUGAAGGGUCAGACCAGAGUAAGGAAGUAAUAUUCCCUAAGAGUCCCUCCCCAUCCUUCCUCACUGUCCCAGGAGAGGGCUUCGCUGAGCCCUUUGCAUUGACCCCUGGGAAAUGGAUCAUUCACAUAAGGGCAGAGGGGCUUCUGCUGGACUAUUUAGUGCUGCUGCCCCGGGAUUACUAUGAGGCACCUUUGCUGCAGGAGAAAAUUACUCAGCCCUGCACAUACUUACCCACUGUAAACAGAGAUACAAACUGUCUCUUGUAUAAGCAUGUUGCCAUGGAUGGCUUCAGCUCUGCACUAGGCUCUCAAGGAAAACUCUCCAGCCGCAGUGGGCGCAAGAGGAGGCAGUCUCGUGUGCGCCGUCCCACCCCAGAUCACCCUGAAAUGGCCGCUCUCAGUGGCAGACAGUCACAGCUCCAACUCAGUCUACGCGUGCCUCGUCCUGGCCAAUAUGCCCUAGUCCUGGAGUACGCCAGCGAGGUGGACACUGUCCAGAAUGUCAACAUACUCAUCAGUGGCCAGUCAGGUGGCCAAAUCCCAGCCAGGGCCAACAUUUACAGUUGUGCCUACAGCUUUUUGUGCCGGAGUGUGGCAGUGGACAGCAGUAGUCAGGUGACGGUGUUGCAGCUUACUCACAAGACGGAGCUUCUACUGCAAACUUCCACUACAUCAUUCCUGCUGUAUAAAGUGUAUGCAGUCCCUGCAGAAGAGUUCUCCAUUGAGUAUGUAGACCCAAAGGUGCUGUGUGUAUCCACUCAUGGCCGCUUCACUGAUGACAGCCGGCACUGCAUUCUGAGGCAAUUCGACAAGCCAACCUCAGCCUGGAUUUUGUAUGCUGCCCGUGAUGGACAGCUAUCUUCGGCACCAGCUGUUUCUCCCCAACGAGGAGAGAAUGAGGAUUGGAGACGGAGACGACAGACGGGGGUGUUCCAUGUCAGUGAACCUCAGAGUGAUGGGAUACUGCUUAAAUUCCCUCAGACGGAGAUCCAUUUCACUCCCAAAGUGCCCAUCCCGGGCUCGUAUGUGGUUGUGGUCCAUUAUCACCAGGCUGAACAUACAUCCUACCCCGUAGAGGUCCGAGUGGACGCAGGGCGUGAAUGGAAGGGUUCAAUAAAUGCAUCCUUCUGCCCUGCCGUCUCAGGCUGCAGAGAGGUUGUGAUCGCUGAUGGGCGCAUUGCCCUUGACUUUGACCAGAAUUCUUGGCAGCUGCCCACCAUUUCUGUGAUCGUGCCACCUAAGAAGACACUUAUUCUGGAUUAUAUAUUGUUGGUUCCUGAUAGCAGUUACACCCCAGAUCUCCUGAAAGAGAAGCCACUGGAUAAAUCUGCAGAUUUCAUACAACAAUGUAGAGGAGAAGGAUUUUUUAUUGACCUGAGAACUUCUUCCCAGUUCUGCAGAGACUCUGCCCGAUCUCUUGUAGCAGCCUAUAAUGACGGAGCUCUGCCUUGCAACUGUGACAAGUCUGGCUCUACAGGGACCACUUGUGAUCCGGUUGGAGGACAGUGUCCCUGCAGGCAGCAUGUCAUCGGUCGUCAGUGCACAAAGUGUGCCACGGGAUACUACGGCUUCCCCUACUGCAGACCUUGUGAGUGUGGCCGCCGACUGUGCGACGAGGUGACAGGACGCUGUAUCUGUCCUCCUCAGACAGUCAGACCAGCCUGCGAUGUGUGCCAGGGUCAGACGUUCAGCUAUCACCCGUUGCUGGGCUGUGAGGGCUGUGAAUGCUCCCCAAAUGGCAUCAAAGACAACACAAGGCCUGACUGUGACCGAACCACCGGGCAGUGCAGUUGCAAGCCUAGGAUUGGUGGCCGACAGUGUGAUCGCUGUGCUGCAGGUUAUUAUCGCUUCCCCGACUGUGUACCUUGUAACUGUAACCAAGGUGGCGUCACACCUAACAUCUGCCACCCAGACACAGGGAGGUGUCUCUGCAAGUUUGUUGAGAUGCGGGUCUGGCGUUUGGAAAGCCCCGACCAGGAGGAGGUUACCUCUGUGCUGAACACAGCCAGUAACACAGUGGUGGCAGACAUCCAGGAGCUUCCUCCCACAGUUCAAACUCUAUACUGGGUGGCACCAUCAUCCUACCUGGGAGACAGGGUGUCGUCUUAUGGUGGUUUCCUCACCUACCAGUCCAAAUCCUUUGGGAUUCCCAGUGAGGGCAUGACUCUCCUAGACAGGAGACCUGAUGUCGUGCUGACUGGUCAUAAUAUGACCCUGAUCCACAUGGCUUUACAAGUCCCACUUCCAGACAGGCUGUAUCAGGGCAGAGUCCAGCUGUUGGAGGGAAACUGGCGCCAUGCUGUCAGCAACAGGCCUGUCAACAGAGAGGAACUGAUGAUGGUCCUCGCCGGUCUGGUUGGCCUGAGGAUCCGAGCCUUAUACUUUACUCAGAGCCAGCGACUCAGCAUAGGGGAGGUGGGCCUGGAGGGGGCGACUAUCACAGGGACUGGUAGUCCUGGAAACACUGUGGAAGAUUGUUCCUGUCCCCCUCAGUACACCGGAGACUCCUGUGAGAAAUGUGCUCCUGGUUACUAUAGAGAUCGCAGUGGGCCUUUUCUGGGCCGCUGUGUGCCCUGUGAGUGCAACGGUCUGGCUGAUGAGUGUGAAGGGAGGACGGGGAGAUGCCUGAACUGUCAGUACAACACGGCUGGGGACCGAUGUGAACGCUGCAAAGAAGGUUACUAUGGAAACGCGGCUCAGAGGACAUGCAGAGUUUGCCCGUGCCCAUUCAACGGGCCUGCAAACAGUUUUGCAAUAGGUUGCAAAGAGGUAUUUGGAGACUUUGAGUGUAUAUGCAGAGCAGGCUACACUGGAGACAAGUGUGAGAGUUGUGCUCCUGGUUACUAUGGCAAUCCACUGACGUCAGGAGGAAGUUGUCGGCCCUGUAAUUGCAAUGGCAAUGGCAACAACUGUGAUCCCAGGACUGGAGUUUGCAAGAACACCCUGGAGCCAGGAGACACAAACACAGAUGAGCACUGCCAAGAGUGUGAUAAUUGUGCCCAGACUUUACUACAAGAUCUGGAGAAGCUGGAUGAUGAGCUGGGAAGGAUCAAGACUCAACUGGACAAUGCCACUGCCAGUGCCUCCUCUCAGGACAGGCUGAAGAAGCUGGAAAAGGCCGUGUCAGACACCAAGAUUCUUGUCAACAGAUUUAGCUCUGCCAUCAACACCCAAAAGUCCAGAGUCAACCAGCUGGAAGAUGACGUGAGCACUCUGUCAGAUGACAUCAGCACCCUCAAAAACAAGGCAGAUAAGAGGGCUGCUGAUGCUGACAAGGCAGUGGCAGAUAUUGAAAAAACCCACAAGAGGGCUAAAGAUGUGGACUCAGAGAUUCAAGACAUGCUCAAGAAAAUCCAAGCUCUGCUGGACCAACUGAAGGAGGCAGGAAGAGGUGAUGUGCCCAAUGAAAACCUGUCUAAAAUGCUAGAAGAUGCUCAGCGCAUGGUGAAGGAGAUGGAGAAUAGGAACUUCACCCCUCAGAAGGCAGCUGCUGAGAAAGAAAGAGACGAGGCCAAGAAACUGCUAGACUACGUCAAAGCUAAUGUAAGUAAGCAGUGUGACCAGAAUGAGGCCGCAGCAGAGAAGCUUCGGGGCCUUCUUGAGGGUUACGAGGCCAAGCUCAAUGACUUGGACAAGGCUUUAAAGGAGGCAGGGGACUUGCUGAAAAAAGCCAACGCCCAGAACGGACUUAAUGCUCAGACACUGGGAGUGUUGCAGAAAAAAAUCGAAGACUUAAAAAAGGAGCGGAAGACUGUUGAAGACCAAAUUGCCAUGGCCAAAAAUGAGCUGCAGAAAACAGAGGAUUUGGUGAAAAUGCUAUCUGACAGCAAAAUGGAAUAUGAACAGCUGGCAGCACAACUGGAUGGUGCCAAGACUGACUUGACCAAGAAGGUGAAUGAGAUUGCCGCAGCCGCAGCCAAGGAGGGCAUUGUGAUCGCUGCUGAGAAUCAUGCCAAAGAACUUAGCAAGCUGGCAAAGGAACUUGAGGAUGCUGUGAAGGACGCAAGUGGACGCACUGAGGUGCGAAACGCCAAAGACGCUAUUGACGCCUACAAGAACAUCACAGAUGCAAUUAAUGCUGCUGAGGCUGCAGCCAAUGAGGCUAAAGCUGCUGCCGACAACGCCCUGAAUAAUGUAAAAAAUCAGAAACUCACAGAAAGAGCAAAAGACCUUAAGAAGACUGGUGAUGACCUACUGAAAAAUGCAAAGGCGGCAGAGACAGACCUUCAAGGGGCUGCGGACGACAUUACUGACCUGAAGAAACGCCUGAAGAACGCUGACGAGAAGAAGAAAGCUCUUCAGAAAGAACUGGUUAAUGCACAGAACAAAUUAAACGACAUCAAAAGAGAUGACAUCAGUGGUAUGAUUGAUGAAGCCAAGAGGAAGGCAUCUUUAGCCAAUGACACAGCCAACGCCACUAUGGACAAACUGAAUGGCAUCAGAAAGGAAAUUGGCAAUAUCAGUGUCUCUCCUGUGCACUCCAACCUGAGCAACGUGUUGGAUGAUGUGGACCAGUCAGUGAAGGACUUGCUGAAAACCAUCCCAUCUCUGAAUGAUAAGAUCUCGGAGGUGGAGAACCUGACUUCGCAGGUCUCACCAUUUACCAACAUAUCUGAGGACAUCAGGAAGAUCAAAGAGCUCAUUGAACAAGCUCGGGAUGCAGCGAACAGGAUUGUGAUCCCGAUGAAGUUCACAGGCAAUGGCUACGUGGAGAUGCGUGCGCCAAAAAAUCUGGAGGAUCUGAAGGCCUACACAGCCCUCUCUCUGUCGCUGCAGAGACCUCAAGGCAGGGGUGAUGGAAGACGCAGACGCAGACAGGCCAGAGACAAUGGAGACAUGUUUGUGAUGUACCUUGGCAAUAAAGAUUCUUCUAAGAACUACAUCGGUAUGGUUCUGAGGAGCAACGUGCUGUACGGUUUCUACAAGCUUAACGGCGUCGAGUACGAGAUGAAAACGGGUGUCGUCACCACGUCUUCAUCUGAGCCAGCCAAGUUUGAUAGAGUGGACUUACAGAGGAUUUACCAAGAUGCAAAGAUGAUCCUCACCAAAGAUAUCACCUCAAACCCAGUCGGUAGUAAAAUUGAGGAAAUGAAGCAAGGAAAAGAGAACAAGAACCUCCUGGACCUCAGUCCCAGUGAUGUUGUUUUCUACGUUGGCGGCUACCCUGACAGCUUCACUCCGCCAGCAUCUCUCAAUUACCCCAAGUACCAAGGCUGCAUUGAGUUCUCCUCUUUUAACGACAAAGUCAUCAGUCUCUACAACUUCCAAAAAGCAGAGGGGAUCAAUACAGAGACUCCUUGCAAGAGAUAUGUAAUCCCAGUGGAUUCUGACUACUAUGAAGGCACCGGAUAUGGCAAAGUGGUCAUGGAUAGUAUAAAACCUAGCAUCCUCCGCAUCGAUAUGACCAUCAAGACUCAUUCAGAAAAUGGCCUGCUCUUAUACAUCGGAAGUGAGGACAAUUACUUCACCGUGACGAUAGAGAAGGGCGUCAUUUUCCUGCGUAGCAAUUUGCUCCAAGCACCAGCAACAACUAACGAGAAAACAUUCCCGCUAAGUGACUGGGCAGACAUCCUAUUCGUUAGUACAAAGGGAAGAAUCACAGUCCGCUUGGCCAAUAAAGAAGUGGCUUCAGCCAAAGCUGCGUACGACCAAGACGCAUUUCAAGAAUUCUAUAUUGGUGGUGCCCCGCAGGACUUGAGGGAAAGAGAUAAGAUCACCAUGCAGCCAUUCAAAGGAUGCUUGAAGAAUAUAAAGCUGAGUAACAUCUUUAAAACUGUUGAUGAGCAAGUGGGCAUCAGCAAAGGUUGUCCCACGGAUUCCUUGAUUUCUCGUAAAGCAGAGUUCAGCUUGGGGAGCUCGCUGUCAGCUGACCUCGCAGGCUUUAGUCUGGCCGAUGACGUUACUGUCUCCCUUGGAUUCAAGAGCACAGAGAAUGAGGGUCUCAUUCUGCAGGACAAACAGCUGGCUAAUGGGAUGGCUCUUGUGUUGGAAAGUGGCUAUGUGAUUCUCAAUUUCAACGACAAGAUCUGGAAAUCCAACAACCAAUAUCAGGAUGGCCAGUGGCAUUAUUUGACUGUAACCAGAGGAGGUGGAAGGAUUCAGCUGCUUAUUGAUGAUGAAGAUGAGGGUCAGCAGCAGAGUCAGAGUGGCAGCACCAUACCUGACACAGGUGGCUCCAUGUUCCUGGGAAAAGAGAAGUUCAAGGGCUGCAUUUCCAACCUCUACACAAGACGGCCAGACAAUCUGUACAAGGCUGAGGACCUCAGCUCCUUCCAGGCUUCUGGAGAUGUCUUGCUUGAUGUGUGUACUGCUGACAGUCUUGCUCAACUGAUGCUGGACCGCGGCUCUAAGAAGGAUGUUGUGAUGCAGGCGAUAAAUGAGAGUCUAUCAGCAUGUGCAUUACCAGCCCUGGUUCAAAAUGCUUAUCGCAUGGGCGGCCCUGUCAGCAGCCUGAGCUACAGCCUUCCACUACAGGUCCUGCAGCCCAGGCCCCACUUUUCUCUGGAUGUCAGGACUCGAGCUCCUGAGGGCCUGCUGUUCUUUGCUGCUACCAGAGAAGGGCGCUCUCAUCUUGCUUUAUACAUAUCCAAAGGCAGGAUCAGACUGUCUGUAGGCAAACAGAAGGAGAUCUUCAACAGGGAGAAGUACAAUGAUGGAAAGUGGCACUCGGUCAUUUUCAGUUUGGAGAAGAAGAAAUUUCGAUUGGUUGUAGAUGGGAUCAGAGCCCAGGAUGGUCAGCUGACAAAUGCUGAGUUGACAUCCAUGCAGAAAUUUGUGUCACCUGUGUACCUGGGCAGUGCCCCGGAGUCCCUUCACAAAGAGCUGAAGUUGAAGGCUCUUCCAAAGCAAAGUGUGUCUGGCUGCAUUCGCAAUUUUAAAAUGAAUGGAGCACCAAUUUCAACUCCAACCACAAACCACGCUGCAGGCCCCUGCUUCGAGGGACAGACACAAAGAGGAGCUUAUUUCUCAGGGAAUGGAGCUCAUGUCAUCAUCAAUGACUCCUUUGUUCUGGGCACCAGCUUUGAGCUGCUGUUUAAUAUUCGUCCGCGGAGUCCGACUGGACUCCUGCUACAUGUUGGUGAUUCCAGCAGGAACCAGUAUGGACCUGCAAUGAGCCACUAUCUCACUGUCUACAUGCUCAAAGGAGAGGUAGUGGCACAAGCAAACAAUGGCAAAGGGGAAUUCAUGGUGUCGGUGAAGCCCAAAGCUUCUUUAUGUGAUGGAAUGUUUCAUAAAAUUUCAGUAAUCAAGAGGAAAAAUGUUGUGCAACUGCAUGUGGACACAAUCGACAAUUACAAAAUUGGACCACCAUCUUCCACUACAACUUUGACCAAAGACUCCUUGUAUGUGGGUGGCAUUCCUGAGAUGUCAAUGCAACAGAUGCUCCCUGUUACAUCAUCCUUUGUGGGAUGCAUCCAGGACAUGAGGAUCAACAGCGACUCGGUCUCUUUCGACAGGCUGUCUGGUGCGUUCGGUCCGGUCAACCUCAAAGAGUGUCCAGGCUGAACGUCUCACUGCUUCAUCAUGAAACAAACCUUGGGACCACGUCCACCACCAACCAUGUGCAAUCUGUUACCAAGACAGAGAAUGUGUUUGUGUAUUAGGGUGUAUAAUAUUUUUAUUUUUUAGGAGUGUGUGUGUGUGUGUGUGUGUGUGUGUGUGUGUGUGUGUGUGUGUGUGUGUGUGUGUGUGUGUGUGUGUGUGUGUGUGUGUGUGUGUGUGUGUGUCUGUGUGUAAUAUGAGCAGCAGCUUACCGGUUCAUAUUAGUAGCUCUGUUUAACAAUGCUGUAUUUAUUUUGUGAUAAAAUCAUGUAUAUCAGGGCACCGAUUCACAUAUUCUAACAGUUGUUUUACAGUCUAAUGUGUUGGUCCAUGUACUUUCUGUCGACAAAUGCUACUGAAUAUGCUUAGGAUUGGUCAGGGCUGCAGUAGGAGCAACCCAGCACUUUAAGAAAACAAAUUAUGCCUUUUGUGAUGGUGCUUUAAUGGAGAUCAACAUUAUUAGUUGUUUUUUUGUUUUGUUUUUGUUUGUUGGAAAGUUUAUACUAGAAUAAUUACGUUUACACCCACGGUGCUCAAUUCAGUGACAUUUCAGGCACAUGCCAGCAUGUAGAAUCAUGCAUUUUACCUGGUUUAAUAGACAUGGAGUCUUUACACAGGUCGUGAAAUCACAUGGUUUCCCCCCAUACUGAAUUACUGUUGUUGUUGCUGUUUAGAUUCAUUUUCCAUUUUGCAUUCCUCUCUCAUGCAUGAGGAUGUUCUGUGUGGAUGUUAAUCAGUUACACAAGAACACAGCAUGUUUGUGGAACAUUGUAUAUGAGUUGAAAACCAAUAUAGAUGCCUUUAACUUCUAAUACUGUAUAUCUCACAAGUUUGGGACCAUUUAGCCCAUAUAACUAUAACGUUGAAAGUAAUAUAACAAAAAACAAUACCAUGUCUUUUAUGUAUUUAAACUCCCACAGCAGAUGUUUACCUGCUUUGUACAUUUGUGGAAAUAUUUGUGAUAUGAGAAGAAAUAUGCAUGAUGAUUGGACAUGAUGAUUUUUACAUGCAUUCCUGUCUUAUGACCACUGAUUUGUAAGCCAUUUUGUAAUUAUUGUUGUUUAUAAAUACUUCUCAGUGCCAUAAGUA